AUGGCAGCGGCGGUGACGGCCAACGGUGGCGCGGCGGCGGCGGCGGUGGCGGCCGUUCCCGCGCCGGUCGGCGUCGGCGGCCCGCAGCCCGUCGCGACCACGUCGCUCUACGUCGGCGACCUCGAGGCGUCCGUCACCGACGCGCAGCUCUACGAGCUCUUCAGCCAGGCCGGCCAGGUGCUGUCCGUCCGCGUCUGCAGGGACGUCAACUCGCGCCGCUCCCUCGGAUACGCCUACGUCAACUUCAACAACCCCAUGGAUGCUGCAAGAGCAAUGGAGGCGCUCAACUUUGCUCAUCUCAACAACCAGCCCAUCCGGGUCAUGUACUCCAACCGUGACCCAAGCAGCCGCAGAAGUGGAUCUGCAAAUAUUUUUAUCAAGAACCUCGACAAAACAAUUGACAACAAGACUCUCCAUGAUACAUUCUCUGCGUUUGGUCCAAUUCUCUCAUGCAAGGUUGCCAUGGAUGAUAUUGGCCAAUCCAAAGGCUUUGGCUUUGUUCAGUAUGAAAAGGAAGAGUCUGCACAGUCUGCCAUGAAAGGCCUCAAUGGUAUGCUUAUCAAUGAUAAGCCUGUGUAUGUUGGACCUUUUCUUCGCAAGCAAGAGAGAGACAAUUCCUUUGACAAGGCAAAGUUUAACAAUGUCUUUGUCAAGAAUUUAUCUGAGUCUACCACAAAAGAGGACCUACUCAAAGUGUUCAGUGAGUAUGGAAAUAUUACAAGUGCUGUUGUCAUGGUUGGCAUGGAUGGCAAAUCAAGGUGCUUCGGCUUCAUCAAUUUUGAGAGUCCAGAUGCUGCUGCUCGUGCCGUUGAGGAACUUAAUGGCAAGAAAAUUAAUGACAAGGAGUGGUAUGUUGGAAGAGCUCAGAAGAAGUCUGAAAGAGAGAUGGACCUGAAGAGAAGUUUCCAGCAGAGCAUGAAAGAUGCAGCUGAUAAGUAUCAAGGACAGAACUUGUACUUGAAGAAUCUGAAUGAUGGCAUUUCAGAUGAUCAGCUACGUGAACUGUUCUCUAGCUUUGGCAAAAUCACCUCAUGCAAGGUAAUGCGUGAUCAAAAUGGUGUCAGCAAGGGGUCAGGCUUUGUUUCUUUUUCUACCCGUGAGGAAGCAUCUCAGGCUCUAACUGAAAUGAAUGGCAAAAUGAUAUCUGGAAAGCCAUUGUAUGUAGCAUUUGCCCAACGUAAGGAAGACAGAAAAGCAAUGUUACAGGCUCAGUUCUCUCAGAUGCGUCCUGUACCGAUGACACCUACCAUGACUCCUCGACUUCCCAUGUACCCUCCCAUGGCUCCUCUUGGGCAGCAAGUCUUCUAUGGGCAAGCUCCACCUGCUAUGAUGCCCCCUCAGCCGGGAUACGGUUACCAGCAACAGCUUGUUCCUGGCAUGAGGCCUGGCGGUGCCCAUAUGCCUAAUUACUUUGUUCCAGUUGUCCAACAAGGCCAGCAGGGUCCACGCCCAGGUAUGAGGCGCUCUGGUGCUGGGUCUGCGCAGGGACAGCAAACUCCUCAGCCAUUUCAGCAACAGAUGGUUCCAAGAGGACGCGUCUACCGGUACCCGCCUGGACCUGUACGUAACAUGCCUGAGGGUCAACCGAUGCCAGGAGUUGGUGUUGGAGGUAUGAUUCAGCCAUACGAUAUGGGAAGCUUCCCUGUGCGAGAUGCUGGCUUGUCACCUGCUGCUCCAAUGGGAACUCUGACAUCUAACCUUGCAAAUGCUACUCCAGACCAACAAAGAACGUUACUUGGAGAAAGCCUCUAUCCACUUGUUGAGGCACUGGAACGCAACCAAGCUGCAAAGGUCACUGGCAUGCUUCUGGAGAUGGACCAGACGGAGGUUCUACACCUGCUCGAGUCUCCAGAGGCUCUGAAGUCGAAGGUUGCCGAGGCAAUGGAUGUUCUGCGCAACGUGGCUCAGCAGCAGAAUCCGAGCGCUCCUACCAGCCAACUUGCUGGGCUAUCACUGGCCGACAACAUUAUCGCUUAGCUGAAGUCGUGGCAAUCGAAAGAUGCUAUUCUUUUAUCCCCUAUGGUUGAACUUGGGUGAGUUUGAGUUUUUGUGCUGGGUGUUAGGCCUUUAUCUGCCUGGUGUCUUUGCAGCUGACUGGCCAGUUACCUGUUUCUGUGUUUGACUAUUGAGGGCUUGGUUGCGUACCUCUUAUGCGGUUAUGUGUUACUGGAAGUUUUGCUAUUAAAAUUAAAAGUGAGCGAGUACAACAUUGCUGCCCAA